GUCCAGUCAGUGAUCGAUCGCUCCAGUUCAAGUGCUCAUAUUGGAAAAAUUAAGUGGCUUUUUAAGUGGAAAAAUAGUGAAAUUGAAAAAAAAACACAUUUGGGAAAUUCCAAAUAAAUUAACAAAGUGCCAAAGUCUUUGUUAAGUGAUUACAAAAUAUAUUUGAACAUUCAAGUGUUUUUUGGUGGAAGAAUUGGUUCUGUUUGUUAUCAAAUUAUAAUAUUUAUUUUGAAUAUUGUGAAAACAAAGAAGGAAUAAGUAAUAAGUGAAGAAAAUCUAUUUGAAAUAGAAAAACAAAAAUUCGAUUGAAAAAAAAAACUGUUGAAAAAUGUCCGAAGUGAAACCAAACAGUGGUAAAACAGUGGACGCUCGUAUUCGAGCAGCUUCACCAGGUGAUGAAAUUGUUAUUACUGGAGUUAGCGGAAAAUUUCCAAAUGCAGAAAAUGUUGCGGAAUUUGCAAAAAAAUUAUAUAAUAAGGUGGAUUUGGUGACAGCAUUAGGAGAAAGAUGGCCCAAUUACGACCCAGAGAUUCCGUCUCGAAUGGGUAUAAUCAACGAUAUUGAAAAGUUCGAUGCAACCUUUUUCGGUGUUCCGUAUAAGCAGACGCAUUGUAUGGAUCCGCAGGGUAGAUUGCUAAUUGAAACUGCUUACGAAGCAAUUUUGGAUGCGGGUGUUUGCCCAAAGUCGAUACGUGGAUCGAAAACGGGUGUUUUUAUCGGUGCUUGUUUUAAUGAAUCGGAAAGAGCAUUCUUCUAUGAUCCAACUCACAUAACAUUAGGCGGUUUGGGAAUAUCGGGAUGUAGCCGUGCGAUGCUUGCAAAUCGUGUUUCGUACUGCUUGGGCUUAACUGGUCCAUCAUUUAUGAUGGACACGGCCUGUUCAAGUUCAAUGUAUGCAUUGGAUGUCGCAUUUUCGGCCAUUCGAAGUGGCGAAUGUGAUGCUGCCUUGGUUGGUGGUUCGAAUCUUCUUUUGCAUCCAUACACGACGCUUCAGUUUGCCAGAUUGGGGGUCAUUGCAAAAGACGGCUACUGUCGUCCAUUCGACGAAAAGGCGUCCGGUUACACUCGAUCAGAAGGAAUUUGUGUAAUAUAUUUGCAACGAGCAAGAGAUGCCAAACGUAUCUACGCAAAUUUGAUUUAUUCGAAAGCGAACUGCGAUGGAUACAAAAUUGAGGGUAUAACAUAUCCAUCAGGCGAAAUGCAAGAGGCACUUUUAGCGGAAUUCUAUGACGAUCUCCAAUUGGACCCAACUACAGUCGGCUAUGUUGAAGCGCAUAGUACCGGUACUUUUGUCGGUGAUCCCGAAGAGUGUAAAGCAUUAGACAAUAUAUUCUGUCGAGGUCGUACCGAACCAUUGUUAGUCGGUUCGAUCAAAUCAAAUAUUGGGCAUACGGAAUCAACGUCUGGUGCAUGUUCAAUUACCAAAGCUAUUAUCGCAUUCGAACAUGGAAAAGUUCCACCAAAUCUCAAUUUUGAACAGAUUCGGUCAUCGAUCCCGGCGCUCACUGAAAAACGCAUGAUCGUUUGCAGUGAAACAACACCUUUGAAUGGUGAUAAAAUUGCUAUCAACUCAUUUGGUUUUGGUGGAGCCAACGCUCAUGCUUUGCUUUCGAUGAAUCCAAAAAAUAAAAUCAACGGAGGAGCUCCGCUUGACAAUAUUCCACGGCUUGUGAAUUGGGCUGGUCGAACAGAAGAAGCGGUCAAUGCAAUGCUCAAUACGUUGGAAUCACAGCCACUUGAUGCUGAGUACAUUGGUCUGUUGCACAGCGCUCAAGCUGAGGAGGUACAAGGAUAUCUCCAUCGUGGUUACACAAUUCUAAGCAAAGAUUCGAAUGGAGAUAUUUCGAAAAAUGCCUUGAGUUUAUCGCGCGCAAUGAAGCGAGUCGAUGGAAAUAAGCUGCCGGUUGUUUGGCUGUUCAGUGGAAUGGGCUCACAAUGGCCAAUGAUGGGCAAGGCUUUGAUGGUUUUCCCACAGUUCCGUGAAACUGUCCAGUUAUGCCAUCGUGUUCUCAAGCCAUUCGGUGUGGAUCUGAUGUCAGUCAUCACUUCAGAUGACCCAAAGACCUUCGAUCACAUUGUCAACUCAUUCAUCGGUAUCUCAUGCAUUCAAAUUGGUCUCGUGAACAUACUUCGAUUGUUAGACGUUAAAAUGGAUUAUUGCAUCGGCCACUCGGUUGGAGAGUUAGGAGUGGCUUAUGCGGACGGAACACUUACGGCCGAGCAAACUAUUUUGGCCGCAUACUCCCGGGGCGUUGUUAGUGUCGAGACUAAGGUCAUCGAAGGAUCGAUGGCAGCUGUUGGUUUGGGCUAUGAAAAGGUGGUUCAUAUGCUACCACCAACUAUUGAAGCCGCUUGCCGUAACAGCGGCAUUUCAACAACAAUAUCCGGUCCAAAGGCCGAUGUUGCCAAGUUUGUCGAGGAGCUUAAAUCACAGGGAAUUUUCGCGAAGGAAGUUCAAUGCUCCAAUAUUCCUUACCAUUCAAGAUACAUUGCUGAUAUGGGACCAAAGCUCUUGCAUAAGUUACGAGAAAUCAUUCCACAGCCAUUGAAACGGUCUGGAAAAUGGCUCAGCACUAGUGUUCCCAAGGAAGAAUGGCAUUUGCAGCAGAGCAAUUUCAGUUCCGCCGAAUACCACACCAACAAUCUACUGAAGCCUGUUUUGUUUGAGGAAACGGUUCACUUACUACCUUCGGAAUCGAUCGUCAUCGAAAUAGCUCCGCACGGACUUCUCCAAGCAAUUGUCAAGAAAUCGAUGCUACAAGCUGUUCACGUGCCGCUCACUCAUCGUGGCCAUGAAAAUAAUGCCGUUUUCUUCUUGAGCGCUUUGGGAAAAAUGUUCCUGAAUGGCCUCACUUUGCCGAUCGAACGCCUUUAUCCCAAAGUUGAGUUCCCUGUUUCACGCGGAACGCCAAUGAUAUCACCAUUGAUAAAAUGGGAUCAUACAGAAGAUUGGUUUGUUAUGAAGUUCUUCGUUCAGAAAGGCGGUCAUAGCGGUGAACGAAAAGUAUCUGUCUCAUUAGAUGUGGAUCCUUACAUAUCAGGCCACAUUAUUGACGGUCGUGUCAUUGUGCCUGGUACAACUUACUUGCAAUUGGUCUGGGAUACACUGUCGAUGAUGACAUUCGGUGCGAUUAGCACAACCAUUAAUGUCGAAUUUGAGGAUGUCCGAUUCUUGAGAGCCACUACGAUCGCGCCUGGUCAAAAGGUUGACUUAAACAUCAUGAUUCAUUACGGCAGUGGACAUUUUGAAAUUACGGAGAAUGGAGUCACGGUCGUAUCAGGAAUGGUUCGUAACGUCGAAACAACCGAGUCUGAGGAUGUAUCGAUCGAUGCAGAAGAGUUCGAAAACGGUACGAAUGUGCUUGACAAGAAAGAUUUCUACAAAGAGCUUCGAUUGCGCGGUUAUCACUAUCAAAACCUAUUCCAAGGAGUGGAAAAGACCCGUUUAGAUGGCCAAAAAGCCAUUAUCAAGUGGAACGACAACUGGGCAGCGUUCUUGGACACUAUGCUCCAAGUGAAUAUUUUGGCGAAGGACUCGCGGGCGUUGUAUUUACCAACUCGAAUCCGAAGAGUGCGAAUCGAUUCAGUGAAGCAAACCGCGACGUUGAACAGUAUUGCCGAACAAAAUGGCGAACUGAUGGCAUCCUACGAUCCUGAAAUGAAGAUGGUGAAAUGUGGUGGAGUAGAAAUCUAUGACAUGAGCGUGAAUGCGAUUGCACGUCGAAAGCCACCAGGUCUUGAGGUCUUGGAAGCAUACCGAUUCCUGCCUUUGGUUCCAAGUGAAACACUCACACUAUUGAACGGUGUUCAUGUCUUGACACAGCUCAUAAUCGAGAACACAGUCGCAUCGCCAAAACUGAGAAUUGUCGAAAUCGACUCCAAAAACGUAACACCAAUCAUAACGCUAUUCGACGAAGCUAUCUCAAGAACUCCAUUGAUCAUAGGUGACUUACAAUUCCUCACUGAACAAGACGUUUCCCUUGAGAACGUCAAAACGUUAAAAGGCACACCGGUUUCCGAUUUGAAGGGAUAUAAUGUGAUGAUUGCCAUGGAGGAUGCUACGAUCGAAAUGGAACAAGUUCUCAAAUCAAUUGAAGAAAAGUCAUUUUUGCUUGUACGUAAAAGCGGAAAUGCCACUUUCACUGAGCUGCCGACUGAUUUUAACAUGAUUACAACCAUUCCAACUGAGAGUGAAACGCUAGUGUUGCUCCAACGAAAACAAACAACCGAGUCAUUGAAAGAUGAAGUAAUCAUUGAGGUUCUCUCAAAUGACUUCAAUUACCAAUGGCUUGAAGGCGUCAAAAACAGUAUAAAAUCUGGUCCAGUGUUGCUUGUGGCUCAAAACGAUCCUACUCCGGGUUUGUUGGGACUUGUUAACUGCCUGCGCCGUGAGCCAGGCGGCGAGAAGGUCCGAUGCGUCAUCAUUAUGGAUCGAUUAUCUCCGAAAUUCGCUUUCGAGAACAGUCUGUAUGUCUCUCAAUUGGACCUUGGAUUGGCGAUAAACGUUUACCGUAACUCAGUUUGGGGAACGUAUCGUUUCUUCGAACUGAAACCAAAUCUGCAGGAAACUCCUCGAUUAGAUCACGUUUAUGCAAAUGUUCAACGAAUUGGCGAUUUAUCAUCAUUCGAUUGGCUUAAUGGACCGCUGAAGCCAACAGUCGAUAAAUUGGUCAACGUCCAUUACUCGUCAAUCAAUUUCAAAGAUGUGAUGUUAGCCACGGGUCGACUUUCAACCGAAUCAUGCCAUGGUUCGCGCAUUGAUGGUGAUUGUUUGCUGGGAUUUGAAUUCUCUGGAAUCAAUACUUGUGGCGAACGUGUAAUGGGAAUGGUGAAGUCAGGUUCGAUGGCCACACAAGUUAAGCCAAUUGAACAUUUUACGUGGAUUAUUCCUAAAGAUUGGUCACUGCGUGAUGGUGCUACCAUUCCAACGGUUUACAUCACUGUAUAUUAUGCCUUCUUCUUUGGAAAACCAAUCACCAGGGGCAAAUCAAUCUUGAUCCAUGCUGGAAGCGGAGGUAUUGGUUUGGCAGCUAUUCGCAUUGCAUUGGCAUAUGGUUUGGAAGUCUUCACUACGGUUUCAACGCAACAAAAGAAGAAGUUUAUCUUGAGUUUGUUUCCACAGUUAAAAGAGGAAAACAUCGGCAAGUCACGAGAUUGUUCGUUUGAACAUUUGGUAUUGCGUCGUACAAAGGGCCGAGGUGUUGAUUUUGUCUUGAAUUCUCUGUCUGAUGAAAAAUUAUUGGCCUCAGUGCGUUGUUUGGCACCUGGCGGUACAUUCUUAGAGAUCGGAAAAUUCGAUAUCAUGAAUAACUCAGCUUUAGGAAUGAGUGCAUUUGAAAAUGAAACCACAUUCAGAGCCGUCUUCGCUGAUAAUUUGAUUUAUAUGCCCGAAGAGCGGAAAAUUGUCUACGAACUAAUGGACAAAGAUUUGAGAACUGGAAUAAUUCAACCACUCCAUUCGACUGCAUUCCAUGUCAAUGAAAUCGAGCAUGCAUAUCGUUUCAUGAGCACUGGAAAACAUGUUGGGAAAGUGAUGAUUCAAAUACGUGAGACAGAACACUCUCUAGCAUCGGUUCCGAUAAAAGUGAACCCGAAAGUAUAUUGCAAACCGGAUUUAGUCUACAUUGUUACUGGCGGACUGGGCGGUUUCGGUGUGGAACUGUGUGACUGGCUUGUGGUUCGUGGUGCCCGAUUUUUAGUUUUAAACUCUCGACGAGGAGUAACCACUUCAUAUCAAGCAUUUAGAAUAAGACUUUGGGAAUCGUACGGCUGCAAGGUGAUAGUCAAUAUCGCCGACAUUGGUACGUAUCAAGGAACGAAAAGUUUACUCGUACAGUCUCUGACCUAUGGACAAAUUGGUGGUAUAUUCAAUUUGGCUGUUGUGCUCCGUGAUAGUAUUCUGGAAAACCAAUCAGUCGAAAAGUUCCAAGAAUCCAUCGCACCAAAAGCCAUCGCUACGAGAUACUUCAAUGAACUGUCUCGAAUUCUGUGUCCAAAACUGGAACACUUUGUGGUGUUUUCAAGUGCAUCUUGUGGCAGAGGAAACGCUGGCCAAUCGAACUACGGAAUGGCCAACUCGAUAAUGGAGCGUAUCAUAGAGCAACGUUUGCAGGAGAAGCUACCGGGCAAAGCCAUCCAAUGGGGAGCUAUUGGUGAGGUCGGUCUUGUAGCUGAGAUGUUACAGGGGAAAGAUAUCGAGGUUGUUGGCACGAUGCAACAACGCAUCGAGUCUUGUUUGAAUGUCUUGGAUACUUUGCUUACUUCACCGCAGGCCAUUGUCUCUAGCAUAGUAGUGGCUGAUAAACAUGCGGGUGAGGCGGGUCAAGACGGUCAAAUGACUCUAAUCAAGAGUGUAAUGAAAAUUAUGGGCAUUCGUGAUAUCAAAUCCAUUUCGAAGAACGCAUCACUGGCCGAGCUAGGAAUGGAUAGCUUGAUGUCGGUCGAAAUAAAACAAGUUUUAGAACGUGAAUUCGAUGUGUUUUUGACGCCUCAACAACUGCGUUCGGUUACAUUUGCAAAAUUAGAGGAAUUAUCGAGCUCUGGAGCCAAACACGAAGCUAAAGCAUCGAAUGAACCUCAGAUUCCAGCAAAUAUUCUGUUCCAAAACUUGGGCGAUGAAUCAAUGAGCGACAUUACACUAUUGCCAAUCAAUAACUUGGCGGCAAAAUCGCCACAAAUCAUUUUCAUUCCAGGAAUUGAGGGUGUUGGUGGCCCAAUUUGGCAGUCUGUGGGUGCAAAUAUGAAAAUACCCUCUAAACUUCUUCAGUUGAUGAAAUCCCGGAAUGAAAUCAAAUUGAAAGCGAUUGCCGACACCAUAAUCGACGAAGUAUAUGGCCAGUUUACCAAUCAAAAUGAAUACUAUAUUGUGGGUCAUUCGUUUGGCACUUACAUUGCAAUGAAAAUUGCGUCAAUGCUUGAAAAACGUGGCAAAGUUGGUCAUGUGAUUCUGAUUGAUGGUUCGCCCACGCAUUUGUUCCGAUUGGCACAAGGUUUACGUCGAACUGUUCAAACUGGCGAUCCAGAAAAUGAUCUAAUCAUGGUUUUAUUCGCUCAUUUCUGCAGCACUGACAUGCUCGAUAGUUUUGCUAAGAAAUUGGCCACCUGCAAUAGUUUAUUAGCAAAAAUCGAAUUAAUCUGUGAAUUUGUAUCAUCUGAAUUCAAAACCAAUUACUCAAAGCAAUAUCUUUACAAUAUCACUGGAGCGAUAUUGAAUCGACUAAAACUGGUGAUGAACUUGAAUUUUGAAAAAGAUGAAUUUGCCGGUGUUAUAGAUGCAAAACUGAAAUCAUCAAUCACUCUAGUCCGACCAACCCUAGCUUCAUUCACCGAUAUUGUUGAAGACUAUGAUCUGCAUAAAUAUACGGAACAGAGAGUGAACGUCAAAUAUGUGGACGGAAACCAUUUGACUGUGCUUGAAAACACUGAAUUGACCAACAUUCUCAAUGAAAUCACGACACAGCCAACAAAAGAAUCAUAACGACUAAGCAAUAUUUAGACUUACGGUGGCUGGCGGGUUUGUAGGUAGGGACGGUGAGGCUUGAACGGCUUUUUAUUGGCUGAGUUCAUAAUAUUAUGAUAAUAUUAUUCUUAAGAUAAGAGAAUUUAAACAAAAUAGGAGACUGUAAUCGUAGAUAUAAGAUUUUCUAAAGAAUUGAUAUCACUUCACAACGAAUGAAUAUUUUCCUGUGUGAAAAUUUCUUGACUGAGUAGCUUGUUUCCCAAUUUUAGACAUUUUGGGUUGGCUAUUGACUGCCUAAUAAUUUCGUUUUUGUCCAUUUGGGCAACUGUAGUUAACUUUAGUCAUAGUCGCUUGAUAGUUACUCUUCAGUUAAAAUGUCCAACAUUAAACGACUGCCUGAAAGGUAACCAAAGCUACGUCUGUCUGAGAGGUGUCUAAAGCUGACUAUUUUUUUAAAAAAAAUUCCAAUUUAUUUUCUAACUCUCUGUGAAUUGAAUCAUCAAUUUAAACAGGCAUUCAGUCAAAAAAAUUUCACAUGGAUUGUACGCAUCAAAAAUAUAUAAUUUAUUAUUUGCACCGACAUUUCAAAGCACAAAAACAAACUAGGGCGAACUGAAUGUUCGAUAAAAUUGAAAGUAUAUUUCAAGUGGGAUGAAUAACAGUUAAAUUUCGGGAUUGGUUCAAAUGGUAUCAAUUUUAUUAACAUUUUGAAAUUGUUUCCAUUCAAUAAAACGCAUUUCCAUUGAAUAACAACAAA